AUAAAGAUUAACUUGAUGUUUUUAUGACUGAGACACGUCUGCAGGUCCACACUGACACCUACACCUGUCAAACAUCAGGACACACCUACACCUGUCCAACAUCAGGACACACUUACACCUGUCCAACAUCAGGACACACUUACACCUGUCCAACAUCAGGACACACCUGUCCAACAUCAGGACACACCUGUCCAACAUCAGGACACACCUGUCCAACAUCAGGACACAUCUACACCUGUCCAACAUCAGGACACAUCUACACCUGUCCAACAUCAGGGCACAUCUACACCUGUCCAACAUCAGGGCACAUCUACACCUGUCCAACAUCAGGACACAUCUACACCUGUCCAACAUCAGGACACAUCUACACCUGUCCAACAUCAGGGCACAUCUACACCUGUCCAACAUCAGGACACAUCUCCACCUGUCCAACAUCAGGACACAUCUCCACCUGUCCAACAUCAGGACACAUCUACACCUGUCCAACAUCAGGACACACCUGUCCAACAUCAGGACACACCUACACCUGUCCAACAUCAGGACACAUCUACACCUGUCCAACAUCAGGACACACCUACACCUGUCCAACAUCAGGACACACCUACACCUGUACAACAUCAUGACACACCUGUACCUGAG